ACGCGUGCGAGUGGCGUUCGCCGUUGCGGCGCAUGUGGAAAGUAAGCCGUCUUAGCACUCUCUUCCCCCUUCGCGGCGGGGCGUGGAGGGCCGCCUCGGUCUGGAGCUUCGGGGACAACAGCAAUGGCGCCUUGGGCCUCUCUGCGCCGCUCGCCGACGCCUACGAGCCCACCAGGGUGCCGUCCAUCCCGUCCGACGUCGCCGCCGUCGCCGCGGGUCAUUACCACUCCCUCGCCGUCACCGCUUCCGGGGAAGUCUGGGCGUGGGGUCGCAACGAGGAGGGUCAGAUUGGAAGACACGCCACUGCCCCAAGAGCCACAUGGAAUAAACCAGAAAAGGUGAUAGGCCUGGAUCAUGUGAGGGUUGAAGCUGCUUUUGCAUCUGGUGUUACUUCUGCAGCCAUUGAUGAUGAUGGUUCUUUAUGGGUGUGGGGAAGAUCCAAGCGUGGCCAACUUGGUCUUGGCAACCGAGUGACAGAAGCUACCAAACCUACUAAGGUUCAAGCACUUGCAGAUCAUCAAAUAGUGAAGGUAUCAUUUGGAUGGGGACAUGCAUUGGCGUUAACUAAAGAUGGAAAACUAUUUGGUUGGGGUUAUGCAGCGGAUGGAAGAUUAGGUCAAAUGGAACAAAAGCUAGAUUCACCACAGACACAACCCUUGGAAUUUGAUAAAUCAUUGGAAAGUUUGACGCCUAUGCUAGAUGUAGUGGAAAAGCUAGUGGCAGAAAAAAUUGAGAAAGAGAAGAAUAUGACCAUUAUCUGGGAGCCAUGUGAAGUUCUGGAAGUCAGUUGUCUCAAUGUCUCUGAUAUGGCUUGUGGACUUGACCAUUCGUUAGUGCUCUGCAGCAGUGGCACUGUAUUAAGCAGUGGAGACAAUCUAUAUGGUCAGUUAGGGAGAAACACGUAUGGAUCUAUGCUCCCGGUAGGCUUAAAUGCCCAUGCACUCUCUGUAUCAGCAGGACUUGGUCACUCUCUUGUCCUGUGUCAGAUUCCAUCUGAGGACAGAGAAGAGGUGAACGCUGUGCUCUCAUGGGGAUGGAAUCAGAGCCACCAGCUUGGGCGCGAAGGGCGAGAAGAUAUGCCUGGGAUAGUUGAAGCUCUUAGUGGAGAAAAGCCAACAUCACUUUCAGCUGGACGUGUGCAUUCAAUUGCUCUUACUUCAAAGAAGGAGCUAUGGGCAUGGGGCUCGGGCAGAAAUGGCCGACUUGGAUUGGGAAGCUCAAUGGAUGAGAUGGAACCAGCACUUGUAGAGUCUUUGGUAGGUUUGGAAGUCUUACAAGCAGUGGCAGGCUUUGAUCAUAAUCUUCUACUGGUUGUUGAUUAGUCCUUACAGCAGCUUAAAACAUGAUGAAGCAACAACUUAGUAGCUUCAUGCAAGAUUCCAUCAUGUGUGAAUGUGCAUCUAUGGUUGAGGUGAUGACCCGGUGCCUGCUCCCGGUAUAUAAUGGGUGCAGGCAUGGAGCUACAGACUAAAGGGUAAGUAAUGCGUAUCCAGAAUCUUGUCAGCUGCAUAUUCAGUGAUAUGGAGGAGGAAUUAUUUGUCUGUUUUCCAGCAUAUAUCCAGUCAGAUUCAGAAGCCAAGUCAAUACAAUCCUUUUAGCAGCAAUCUCCAGAAGGAGCAAGAUGGAUUGAUCAACCAAUUCCAGAUACAAAAUCAAUAAAUAUGUUUGAGCAUGAAAGAUGCUUGAUGGGGUGACUAAUGCCAGUCCAUGUGAGUUGAAUUGCUUGUUGGUCUUAUUGUAUGAUCCUCCUGUAUUUUGUGCUUGAACAUUUGCACACUGGUUUCGUUUUGAUUUGUUACUUUUAAGGAUUUUUACUGGUUGAUAAACUCUGGCUUAUGUAAUUCUAGAUGUUUGAAAAUGACCAUUUGGUAGACAGAUUUUGGAGUUCAUUGCUUGUUGACUUUGGUGUA